CCCUUUUGACGACUUAAUGUGUAUAAUCCUCGAACAUUAUUCAUCAUCUUCAACUGCUUCGUUGGGUGUUGCCCUUCUUCCACAGAGGUAAAUCUGUUGCACCCGCAGGCUCAACCUCAGCCUCAGUCACAAGUCUUCAUCGAUGUAUGGUUCUCACUCCCGUCAGACGGAAUUCCAAUGAACUGCAAACUUUGGUCGAUGGACAAUAAUGCAGAGAUUUCGAGGAAGAUGGGCGUCAACUGUGGUCAACUGGGCAACAACCUCCCUUCACCGUCUCGAUCCAUUGUGCUCAUCAAAUCCCUGAAAGCAGGUCACGUCAAACAUGCAAACCCAGAUAUUCUGAACGCCCUCGAAGGGACCAACAUCCAAGUAUCAAUCAUGGUUCCCAAUCAAUUAAUCUCCAACAUUUCUUCAAGCCAGUCCCUCGCAAACGAAUGGGUUCGAACUAAUAACGUUCCUUUCUACCCCAAAACCUUGACUCAUUACCUCCUUGUCGGCAAUGAAAUCUUCAGCUUCUCCUCCAACCAAGAUCGACAAACAUGGUACGGUCUCGUCCAAGCAAUGAGCCGACUCAAGUAUUCCCUCAAAAUCCACAACAUCAGAAACAUCAAAAUUGGGACUACAAUUGCCAUGGAUGUCCUUCAAUCGUCCUUCCCACCGUCGAACGGAAUGUUUCGGUCCGAUAUCUCCAUACCGGUGAUGAAGCCUCUGUUACAGUUCUUGAAUCGAACCAAAUCCUAUUCCUUCCUCGACGCCUACCCUAACUUCCCUUGGUCCGGCGAUCCCACGAACAUUAAUCUCGACUAUGCGUUUUUGAAAGGGAACCAAACCUACACCAACCUCCUUGACCAGAUGCUCGACUCGGUUAUCUUCGCCAUGACCAAGCUUGGGUUCCCGAACGUUCGGCUGGUAAUCGCCGAAACAGGGUGGCCCAAUGCUAGAGACGUCGACCAGAUCGGAGCGAACAUCUUCAACACAGCUACAUAUAACCGAAAUCUAAUCCGGAGAAUGACGUCCAAACUAGCAAUCGGAACUCCUGCCCAUCCAAAUGUAGUAAUACCGACAUUCAUUUUCGCGUUGUACAAUGAGAACCAGAAGGGUGGACCGGGAACUGAACGGCACUGGGGAUUGCUGAAUUCGGACGGAACCUCGGUUUAUGAAGUCGAUUUGACUGAAAAACGGCCAAAAUUUGACUAAUAGAACAUGGCUUCGAGUUUCGACCAGUGGGAAAAGGAUCGAUUGUUCUCCGCCGUAGAGGAAGUUCAGCCGCAUCUCAAUGAAGCGGCAAGUGUAGCUAGCUGCUACGGGCUCGAGCAGGGGAUCGUUCCUGGAUGCUAACAGCAUGAACCAUGCCGUCACCAUUGAAGAAAUGGUGACAGGCGACGGGCUCAAACAAGGGAUCGGCGUGAGUUUCGGUUUUGUCGAGAGAGGGUGCCUUUUGCUGCAGGAAGGGUAAAAUAGGUAUUUGAAAGGGUAAAAUAAGUCAAUCUCAGUAGGAUCAGGAAAAUCAUUAACGUGUGAAAGGGUAAAAUAAGUAUUUAAAAAGAUUCGAUCAUGGUUUUAACGUUUUCCGUCAUGAUUAUUGAUAAAAGGGAGGUUUUCGUCAAAUUUC